AUGGUGUCCGAUCCAAAGGACAAAAAGUCCAUCCCUAAAUUUGGUAGCUUCAAGCUACCUUCAGCCACUGUCACAACAGAAUCACCUAAUUACAGCCCUCAAAGCCAUUCGGAACGCGCCGAUUCUAAGUCUCGUUCAUCACGGCGAUCUGAAAGAAGUCUUCGUGACAGAUUACAUGACCACUCAUCUCGCUCACAUCAUAGUCGUCAUCUUUCUUCCAAAGACCGUCACCGUUCACGAAACCGUUCCCGGUCCGGCGACCGCACUCGACAAUCCCGAGAGCCCCGAUCCAGCAAACGCGAUCUACCCACCGACCAGAGUCUAUCUACCGGGUCCAGCAGUAACCAAGAUGUUUUCCGGCUCCCCGACCAAUUUACUACUCCGGGCAGCAGCCGGCUGGAAAGGACCGACACGGUUUCGACCGCUCAAGGUUCUUACCUAGACUCCUCGCCGGAAUUCUUUCUUGACUCCAAGGGCGAUCGGGAUAUCCUCACAUAUGGGACAGAGAACCGCUGGAGUGUACCACGUUAUCGCAGAAUAGGUGGAGGCUUUGUUCUUGGGCUUGAUCGCACACAAAGGAUUGAUCGAGACCAGUCCCAUGGAAGCCAAAUAGUGUUGCGCCCAUGCGCAUUCGCAGACUCAUCGACGAGAGACGGAGAAAACCACCUCUCAUUGAAACCCCGCAGGCUGCCUUUGCCCGAAUAUCAUAUUCGUGGCUCGGCUGCCUCUGCUAUUGAGGUGGACGAUGACUUCGUCUUAAUUGACGGAGAGGAUUGGGACCCUUCGGAGAUAGAACAGGCUACCGAACAAUUCGACCUAAAUGCCGAAAGAAAAACCCGGAACGCAGCCUUAUGGAAGACAGUUGAAGAUAAUCCGCAGGAUGUCAGUGCCUGGCUCAGGUUUAUUGAUCAUCAAGAUGUAUUGAUUCUUGGGUCGCGAGAUGAUUCCCAUUGCCUCACACGCGAUGAGAGGACUAGCCUUGCCGAUUUAAAGCUGUCUCUGUAUGAAAAGGCCCUUAAGAAAGCGACUGGAAGCCCCCAUAAAGAUCGUCUUUUGUUGGGCAGGUUGCAAGCUGGAGCACAAUUGUGGGAUUCUGAAAAGUUGUUGGCUCAGUGGAAAAAGACUCUCCUAGAGAAUUCUGAGUUCAUCAGUCUGUGGGUUAAGUUCCUCGACUUUUGUCAAACUGACUCCCCAGAUUUCACAUUUGGGAAAUGUCUCGCUACUCAUGAGGAGUACUUGAGGCAUGUUUCAUCAUUGAUUCCACUCCGCCCUAACAUGGUUCAGGUCCUUGUUUACAUAUUCCUUCGUCUCACACUUCUCUACCGGGAAGCUGGCUACAGUGAAAUCGCGGUUGGUCUCUGGCAAGCUGUGCUUGAGUUUUGUUGCUUCAAACCCGAGUUCCUCGAUGACACCGACGAAAGCUUGUCCUUUUUUCGCGAAUUUUGGGAUUCAGAAGCCCCUCGUAUUGGUGAGGAUGGAGCAAAAGGCUGGAGUAACAACACCAACUCAGGCCCAGACCCCAUCACUACACAGUACUCCACCAAUCUUUCUCUUGCGUCUAAUGUGGCCUCUUGGGUAGAGGCAGAAAGGGAGCGUAUUAUGGAAUCUCAAUUGCCAUGGCGCAGUUUAGAUGGAUCAAUACCAGACGUCGACGACCCAUACAAAGUGACGUUGUUUUGUGACGUGGAUCAGAUUAUUCGGUUAUUCCGUAAUUUGGCCCAGUCAGAUGAACUGAUCGAUGCUUUCCUGUACUUCAGUCACUUGCCACACUUGACGUUUCCGAGCAACAUCCAGACCACUCGUGUGUGGGGAUGGGACAACCUCCUACGCAACGAAUUUGUGGCAGAUCAUCGACUUGGGCUUUCUUCUUGGAUCUCGCUUCACGACGAAGAAAGCGAAAGGUCAACAAAGCCGUUCCUGUUCCCUCUGCAGAACUAUUUGCACACCACAACCACUCUGUUCGCUUCGCCCGAUCAGUGGUUCCACUCGUUCCAGUGGUGGAUCAAAUCCCGUUCGGCUCAGCCACCUCUCAAGACCCAUGACUGGACGUUGCGUGUUCUGCGUGUUCUAGUGGAUCGGUAUCCAGAUGAUGAGGAGCUAGCAGAAUAUUCCUUGGCGUUGGAGUUCGCAUCUGACCCUGUGAUGGGCAGGAAGAUUGCUAAAAAGACUGUGAAAAAAAGACCAUCCAGCUUGAGAUUAUGGAACGCUUUUGCUCUGAUGGAGUCAAGAAGUGAGGAUUAUGAGGGUAGGAACAGAGCUAAUGGAGUUUGGGCGACUGCUCUAUCAAUGAGCGUCACGUUCACGGACACUGAGCAAAAGACUGAUCGUGCUAUUCUUUGGCAGUCUUGGAUCUGGCAGUUCAUGGAAAGAGGAGACAAGGCCCAGGCUUUCUACAUCCUGCACAAUAUAGCCGAGGAAAAGGUUGACCCAGUGCAAAUUCCCAUGGGAGAGACCCAGCUGCUUUUCCAACCAACCACAACUGUCAAAGUACAGCAGUACUUACGAGCGUGCCAGGAACAAGCUUUGGCAGCCAGAAGAGCCCAGGCAUACGUAGCCUACACCGACUGCUUGGGUCUCAUCUACUACCUUUCAAAGUGGCCGCUGAUGAGCGCCCUAGAUGUCUAUGGAAAAGCCGUUCUGAGGCUAAAAGAAUUGUUUUCGGACCAAGAAGCCUUCAAGGAGUUCACGGCCGAGCUACUCCAUCAAGCCCGCGCUAGGUUACUGUACGACUCCCUGUGCCAAAAGGAGCAAGAGCACAGCCCCUUUGAGAUUCACGAGCUUUUCAGAGAGAGCGCAGCCCUUUUCCCCCAUAACACAAUCUUCCAGUCAAUGGGCUUGUGGAAUGAGUUCAGAAUCACCUCACUCGACCGGCUGCGAGAUCCACUUAAGUUCGCAAAGGAGGCCAUGGACAGUCAAUACCAACUCGAUCAAGCCUCCUCGCCAGUCAUUCUCCCACAACUGGUACCGAUUUCAAGCUACCUCUUGCCCAUCUGGAUCCAGCUCUCUAGCCCGCGAUCAACCACUGGCCCCGCAAGUUGGAUCGUGCGUCCGGCAUUCGAGAAGGCUCUAAGCGAGGUUCUCAACCCUGCAGAAUUUCGCUCAGGCGGGGCAGCUGUACGAAGCCGCUUCGGUGAAGAAAGUGCCAGAUCAAACCUCACCAUCUGGAAGCUUUACAUGCUCUACGAGCGUUACCAUGUAAAGGACCUCGAAGCUGCGAAGGCAGUGUUUUUUCGAGCUAUCCGAGCGUGUCCAUGGUCGAAGGAGCUGAUCAUGUUUGCCUUCGAGCAUCUUCGCGACGGAAUGCCAGUCUCGCCUGAGGAUAUUCCCUCGAAAGGUGCCGGGCUGAAGGAAGAAGAGCUGCGCCGGUUAGUGCUCGUUCUUGGUGAGAGGCAGCUUCGUCUGCAUCUUCCUAUCAAGCUCGAUGUCAUUCCUUCGGACAGCUUUGAGGAAACUCAAAGCAGCUGA